AUGAAUCGUCAACGAGAGGCCGAAAAGGCAUUACACGACCAGACGAACAUUCUUCCAUUCAGUCAGUUGAUGGUUGUCUUCGCGGGCCUGGCAACAUCACUGGUGAUCACGUUUGUAGAUCAGAAUGGCAUCAGUGUCACUUUACCCACGAUUGCCCGCGAUCUAGGGGCCCGGGAUACCAUUUCGUGGGCGGGAACAUCAUCUCUCAUUGCCAAUACCAUGUUCACUGUACUCUAUGGACGACUUUCAGACAUCUUUGGCCGAAAAGUGGUCUAUCUAUCGACACUGGUCCUGUUGUGUCUUGCGGACCUGCUUUGUGGGCUUUCGCAGAAUCCAGCCAUGUUCUAUGUCUUCCGAGGUCUUGCGGGUGUCGCUGGCGGAGGUGUCACCUCGUUGACAAUGAUUAUCGUAUCUGAUGUGGUCACGCUAGAGCAAAGAGGCAAGUACCAAGGGAUAUUGGGUGCCUCUCUGGGCGUGGGAAAUGUCAUUGGGCCAUUCAUUGCGGCUGCGUUUGUCAUGCGCUCGACGUGGCGUGGCUUUUUCUGGAUGAUCUCGCCGUUGGCGGCGCUCUCGGCUGUCGUGGGUUAUUUUCUCAUCCCGAAUAAUGCCCGCAAAGAAGGUCUGCGCAAGAACUUGGGACGGAUUGACUGGUAUGGUCUAUUGGCGUCGUCCAUUGGGAUCAUUUUUCUCCUGAUACCAAUCUCUGGCGGCGGGUCAUACUUUAUGUGGAAUUCUCCCAUGGUGAUCAGCAUGCUGAUCAUCGGAGGUCUCUCUCUCGUCGCGUUUGGAUUCAUUGAGUGGAAAGUGGCUGCUUUGCCAAUGCUGCCAAUUCAAUUCUUCAAGAACAGAGUGAUCACUGUUCUUUUAUUUCAGAGCUUUCUCCUGGGGGCAACUUACCAAUGUUCUCUUUACUAUUUGCCCCUUUACUACCAGAAUGCGCGUGGCUGGUCCCCCAUUGUCUCUGCUGCAUUGACUUCACCUAUGGUCGCUUGUCAAUCAGUGGCAUCCAUCUGUGGUGGUCAAUACAUCUCCCGGCUCAAACGAUAUGGAGAAGUAAUUUGGAUGGGAUUCGGCAUGUGGACUUUGGGUGCGGGUCUAAUGUUGCUCUUCGACGAAAAUACGCAUCCAGCCGUGAUAGCCGUUGUCGUCGCCAUAUCCGGCAUCGGAGUCGGCUUCACCUUCCAGCCGACUCUCGUCGCUCUACAGGCGCACUGCACUAAAUCCCAGCGUGCCGUGUCCAUUUCUAAUCGCAAUUUCUUCCGCUGCAUGGGCGGUGCCUGCGGCCUCGCCGUCGCGGCUGCCAUCCUACAAGCCACUCUGAGAUCCAAUCUCCCCGCUGAAUUCUCAUACCUGGCGCAUUCAUCAUAUUCACUACCCGCGCGGGAGACGUUGACCGAAUCUCAGUGGACCUCCAUUCUUCAAGCAUAUACCAAGGCGUCUCAUUCUGUCUUUAUCCUUCAGGUGCCCCUUAUCGGAACGUGUUUCCUCGCUUGCAUUUUCAUUCGUGAUAGAGGGUUGGAACGGCCAAAGGAGCCAGAGGAGAUAGAGGAGGAGAAGAGGAGGGCCGAGCAGCCUGCGAGCGAUAUUGAGGCUGUUGUCUCUUCUGAAAAUAAUCAACAUGCGGAGGGCACGAAAAAUAACGAGUCAAGUGAACACUCAACAGGACAUAGAACGUGA